GCUUGGGUAAAUGCAGUUUGUAGGAACUGUCGUCGCAACAAACCUGGCGUUGAGGGGAGGUUAUCAAAACAAUGGGCUCGCUGAUCCGGUUGACUUUGAGGCUGAAUCGAGUGAUACAUAAAGCAGAUGCUCAGCCAUAGGCUGGAUUGCGUUCAUGCUUCACUCAGCCGAUGCAAUAACUCCUCCGCACCCGGGUUCUUACAGGCGACCGACCGAGUCUUUUCGAAUGUUCUCUGUUCCUUAACAUUUGUCGAGCGGUUCCCAGGCUGCCAACAUCCCAACGCCAUCAGUAUGGACUCCGAUAUUGAGGCUGAGAAAGCAUCUGCUGGAGACAGUAGAGUUUACAACAAGACUUCACAGCCAUACGAUACGAUUUAUAAUGUUCGUCCUUGGAACAACUGCCUAAACCAGUCUGAGAGACGACUGAGUUCAGCCGGAAAGAAGAAUGAUGAUGAUGAUGACGACCCUGGUCUACGCAAGCCUGGUGAUUUCAAGCAGAAGCAGAUCUUCAAAGGCAAAAUGCUUCUAUGGCUCGCAUAUCAAUCCAUUGGUGUGAUCUAUGGAGAUAUCGGAACCAGCCCCCUCUAUGUCUAUUCGUCGACAUUCAGUGCACCACCGACGCGAGACGACCUCAUUGGUGUUUUGUCCAUCAUCAUUUGGUCCUUGAUCCUGAUGGUGACCGUCAAAUACAUUUUCAUUGUCCUCCAUGCUGAUAAUGACGGCGAGGGCGGCACUUUCAGCACAUAUUCUCUCCUCAGCCGCUACAUGAACAUCACCCAUCGCGAUCCUCGGGAAGCUUCUCUUGUGCAGAUGAAAAGACACCUAUCAAAUGACCUCGAGAGAGCCAGCAGAUACGCCAGACAUAGCCUGGAGACAAGCAAGAUUGCAAGACAUCUCUUGAAAGUGGUAGGGGUGUUGGCGGUAACAAUGGUUCUAGCUGAUGGUCUUCUUACUCCGGCCCAGUCAGUCCUGGGAGCUGUGCAGGGUAUCGAGAUUGUCUCCCCUAACAUUUCCAAAGGCACGAUUAUAGGUGUGACAGAUGCUAUCUUGGUUGUAUUGUUCCUGAUACAACCGCUUGGUAUUACCAAGAUGACGUUCGCCUUCGCACCCAUUGUGAUCAUUUGGCUGGGGUUUAACGCGGUCUUUGGCAUCUACAAUCUUGCGCACUAUGAUGCUGGUGUCUUUGUGGCCUUCAACCCUGGAUACGCCUUCAUGUUCCUCAUUCGACAUGGCGAGUCAGGAUGGCGCAUGCUGAGCGGGACACUGCUUGCCUUCACUGGGGUCGAGGCUCUCUUUGCUGACCUGGGCGCUUUCAGCAGAAAAGCAAUCCAGAUCAGCUGGCUGUGCUACACCUUUCCAUGUCUCCUGUUGGCGUACAUUGGACAGGCGGCAUACAUCAGUGUGCAUCCAGAUGCAUACUCCAACCCAUUCUAUAAGGCAGCCCCGUCGGGUACUAUCUAUCCUGCCAUGGUUAUAGCCAUUCUUGCAGCUAUUGUUGCAUCACAGGCCAUCAUCACUGCUACAUUCCAGCUAUUGGCGCAAGUAAUGAAGUUGUCUUACUUUCCGCAAAUCAAAGUGGUUCACACGUCCGAUGUUUUCCACGGUCAGCUCUACAUCCCGAUCGUCAACUGGUUAUUGAUGAUCGGCACGAUCUUGGUAGCGUCGAUCUACAACAAUACCACCUCCCUUGGUAAUGCAUACGGGGUCUGCGUCAUCUUCGUCACCUUUUUUGACACCUGCAUGGUCUCGAUGGUAGCCAUAUUCGUCUGGCGCAUCAGUCCAUUCAUUGUCUUCAUACCUUGGCUUGUAAUUGCUUGCUUCGAUGGAGCAUACCUCUCCUCGGCACUCAUGAAAGUCCCCACUGGCGCAUGGUUCACGCUGGCCUUAGCAACCAUCCUGGCACUGGUGUUUCUGUUAUGGAGGUUCGGCAAAGAACAGCAAUGGUUCGCUGAAGCCGAGGACCGAUUCCCGACUUCGCACUUUGUGACCAAAGAUCAGGAUGGAACAAUGCGUCUUGCCGAUCGAUUCAACGCGCUUUCUCUAAGCACCAGUCCGGGCGUGGGAAUCUUCUUCGACAAGGCGGGCGAGACCACCCCGAUCGUGUUUAGUCAGUUCGUUCUCAAGCUCACCUCCAUGCCGGAAGUCAUUGUGUUCUUCCACCUGCGACCCCUGGAGACUCCGUCCGUCCCGGUGGAGGACCGAUAUACCGUUUCACGACUCGCCAUAUCCAACUGCUAUCGGCUCGUCGUUCGCUACGGCUACAAUGAUGAGAUCAUGACUCCAAACUUAGCCAACACCAUCACAGAUCAAGUUCAUCGAUACUUGAUCGACAAUGGACAUGGCAUCGAUUUGGAUGCAGCUAGAGUGAGUGAGCACCGAUCUACGAGCACCGAAAGUCAAGAGGAAAGCAGUUCAGACGCAGCGCAGUCCAGAAGCCUCGUCAGAUCUACUGAUCCGUUGAAGACGCUUGAACGAGCACGUGCACAUAACGUACUCUAUAUCACCGGUAAGGAGCAGAUGAGAAUCAAGAAGAACACCAACCUACUCCGAGGACUAGUGCUGUGGAUCUUUCUGUGGAUCAGAGAUAACACCCGGGCGAAGAUUGCAUCGCUGGACCUCGAGGCAGAACGGGUGAUUGAAGUUGGGUUUCUGAAGGAUAUUUGAGGCGUUGCGUAUUCGGUGUAUACCAGAUGGGCAGCCCGACUCAUUAGUCAUUCGGAAUUACGACAACCUGUACAAAGAUCACGAACAUAUUCUUCGGUUACCGUGUGUCAAUCCAGUGUUCAUCGAUGUUGUGAUAUAUCUUGUCCUG